AAGCCUCUCUCUGUUUUCUCUUUAAUAACCCUCUUUUUUCUGAGUUCCACUUCAGAAAAAAGGAGAAGAAAACAGAACAGCAUUGCAACACAUGGGUGCUUCUGGCAACAAUUUUCUCCAAGUGGUCGCCAAGAACUUCGAUGUUCUUGCUCUGCCUUUGGUCACCCUUGUUUACCCUUUAUAUGCUUCAAUCAAGGCCAUAGAGACUAGGUCUAGGACUGAUGAUCAGCAAUGGCUCACUUAUUGGGUUCUCUACUCUUUGAUCACACUCUUUGAGCUCACAUUUGCCAAAGUUCUUGAAGUGCUUGCCAUAUGGCCCUAUGCCAAGUUGAUACUAAGUUGCUGGCUGGUUCUUCCAAACUUUAAUGGGGCAGCACAUGUUUAUAGGCAUUAUGUUAGACCAUUCUACAUGAAUCCACAAAUGCCUCAAAUGCCUCAAAUCCCAAGAGCUUCUCAAAUGUGGUAUGUUCCAAGAAAGAACAUAUUUAGUAAGCAGGAUGAUGUCCUAACUGCUGCUGAAAGAUACAUGGAAGAGCAUGGAACAGAAGUAUUUGAAAGACUCAUAACCAAGGCUGACAGAGAAGCUAGAGCAAGGAGGAAUGGAAAUUACAUGAUCUUUGAUGAUGAUUAUAUAGAUUAACUGAGUUAACCCUUAAACUUUUCUCUGUAGUAUACUAGCUACUAUCACUAUGACAAUUCCUUAAAUAGUUAUUUAAGUGUAUGACUUAUGAACUUGGUGACUUUAGAUAAGUUUAGUUCAGGUUCAGACAUUUCAUCCAGUUAGCCCAACUAUAAAGACAUAAGCAGGAAAGAUAAAAGAGGGAGAAAGUGAUGGGGAAUGAGAGAAAUCAUGCCAAUUUUAGCUUGUUUUCAUCUUAGUGACGACCAAAGUCAGAAGCAAUCACUAUCUUCUAGCCAAAGAAAAUCUGAAUUUUUCAUUCCUACUUCAAGUAAA